UUGAUAAAUAAUUUUCGAUUUUCCCUCGAGCACGUGUCAAUAGCGACCGACGACAACAACGAGUCUUUCACGUUCCCUUCCGCAUUCUACACUGUACGCUGGUUACUAUCCCGCAGGCCAUCUUUAGGUGUAUCUUAGGGCCCUGUGCUCACUGUCAUAAAUCCCGUAUACAAUCUAUCACUCGAAAACAUGCUGUCGCGUUGUAGCAUGGUCGUCCUUGCCUUUGCCGUUUUCUCCUCAUUUAUUGGAACGACACGAGGCGCCGAGGAGAAGAUAAAGAUGAAGGUCGGAGACAAGACGGUUGAACGGACAGUGCAGUUACGCACGCACUCAAUAUAUGCGCCGUACAUAGACCAAGACCUGCAGAAUAGAUGGUGGGACUUUGGCGCCGAUGCCUACAUUAAUACCAACAAACACAUACGGCUGACGCGUGACCGACCAUCACAGAUGGGAUACCUAUGGUCCCGUCUACCACUCACGACAGCGAAUUUUAUCAUCGAAAUCGAGUUCAAGGUGUCGGGCGACUCGAACAACCUCUUCGGAGACGGUUUGGCCAUCUGGCUAACGAAGGAACGUGCUCAGCCAGGACCGGUGUUUGGAAACAAAGAUAGCUUCACCGGUUUCGGAUUGUUCUUGGACACGUACGCUAAUUCACGCCACCCAUAUGCCUUCCCUCGCAUCACCGGAAUGAUUGGCGAUGGCAAGACCUCUUACGACUUCCAAAACGACGGAGAUAAACAAGGCAUCGGUGCAUGUUCCUUGAACUUCCGCCGAACAAACGUUGCAACCAAAAUCAAGAUCACAUACAUCAAGGAUAGCGUUUUAGAUGUUAAGCUGCAAUAUAAAGCCUGGGAUGAUUGGACAGACUGCUUCCGUGCUGAUGGGGUCUCGCUACCCACCGCACCCUUCCUCGGGAUGAGCGCGAUGACUGGAGACGUAUCGGAUAACCAUGACAUCAUCACCGUCUCAACGCACUCUGCUAUAAUCUCCCAUGGAGAUCUCCCCUACACGGAGGGCGCCAAGAAACGUUCCAAGAAGAGCGCCGGAUCGUGGACGUGGUUCUUCUUCAAGAUGCUCUUGUUCGCCGGGGUGGGCGCCGGAGGGUAUUACGGUUACCAGGAGUACCGCAGGAGAAGUAGAUAUUCGGGGAUGGGGAACUUUAGUGGAGGGCGGUCGAGCGGGUUUGUGGGAUUCGGCGGUGCAGGGGGGAUGUAUUCGAGUAGCAAGCGUCUGUAGUCGGCCGCGGGAGAGGUUGGUAACUUAUGAGGUUCGGAUAAUCUAAUGCACCCCCAAAGUAUGAGUAUCAUAAUGCAGGGACUCGUUUCAUUUUCCAGGAAAAUUCGAUCUAUGUAUUUCUUCUACAUAUAAAAACAGCAAGC